AUCGGAGUAUCGGACGGCUCACUACCCAGAAAAGGGCUCGUGGAGCUUCUCUUAAUCUCUUGUAAAAAAAAAACCUUGACAAGAACGAAUUCGCCUCCGGCUCUCCUCUUCUCGAGCGUUUUCGGCACCACGGCGCAGUAGGAUGGCGGCGGCGGCCCCGACGAGAGCAGAGGUGCUGUCGCUCUUCCGUUCCUUACUCCGCACGGCGAAGAAGUUCUCGGACUACAACAUCCGCGAGUACACGCGCCGACGCGCCGCGGACUCCUUCCGCGAAAACCGCGCCCUCGCCGAUGCGUCGGCCGCCGCCGCGGCGUUCUCGGAGGGGAAGAAGCAGCUAGAGGUUGCGAAGCGGCAAGCGGUGGUUUACUCUCUCUACGCCCCCAAGGCCAAGAGCGUGAUGGAGUUGAAGGUGCAGUGAUGGCUGCGACCUUUUCUUCCCCACCGUUCCCGUUCCAGAUUCGUUGCUUUUGUGUGAUGAUGAAACUAUAAACUGCUCCGUUGUCGCAUUUUCUGGAUGAUUGUCAUGAUAUAGUUUCGUUCUGUGCAAUAAAUUACUAAAUUCUACCGCCA